UUGUCUUUAUUUUCAAAAACUAUUUAGAAUGUCACCGUCUUGACGUUUGAUAGUUUCCCCGUUUUCUAUGAGGUGAACCAUAAUGUUUUGCCAUUGUCACUCUUAUGGUAGGGAGGACGGUCCCAUCUGUUACCUAGAAACAAGUACGGCACUUAUGACUGUGCUGAUCUAGUUAAACAGGAAGCAGGUCGCUGACUCUGCUCGAUCAAACACAUAAUCCCACACCUGAUUUAUGCUCACUCACCGCACUCACGCAGCGCACAUUACAUUUGGAAAUCGUUGGCCAGCAACCACGUAACGGCGGCUAUCGCGAGAAAGCCCGAGAACAUGGAAACAAGACAACAAAAAUAAAUUUGUGGACAACAAGCCAGAGUGCAUGAUGGCGGCGUCGCUGCUGCGCCGGGACAAGAAAGCCACUGCCGCCCACUUGAAGGCAGACUUAAAUCGGACUGACAAUAGCUCUGGGCUCCGGCAACUCCAGGAGCUGCUCGACGCUGUGCUAAAUCCCGAAAAACCAGCGGCGGACACUGAAGCUCUUGACUGGUGUAAAUGUCUAAUUGCAGGAGGCGAAGGUUUCGAGGAGUUCUGCAAAACGGUCCGGUCCUAUGACAACGCGACUCUGUGCGGACUGGUUUGGACGGCCAAUUUCGUGGCAUAUCGAUGCCGGACCUGUGGCAUCUCUCCGUGCAUGUCACUGUGUGCUGAGUGUUUUAAUAACGGAGACCACACGGGCCAUGAUUUCAACAUGUUCAGGAGCCAGGCUGGUGGGGCCUGUGACUGUGGAGACAGUAAUGUCAUGCGAGAGAGUGGGUUUUGCAGACGGCAUCGGUUGAGAACAGGGGAGAAUGUCCCCUCAAUACCUCGAGACCUUCUCUUGAUGUCUGAGAUGGUUCUUCCUCGCUUUAUCCUGUGUAUCAUACAGUAUCUGAGGGAUGGAUACAUUGAGCCAGACACAUCAACUGAGAGAGAUCUACAAAAAGUCCUGCAGCAGCUGGAGCCUCAGAUCUCCUUCCUGGAGGAGCUCACAAAGAUGGGAGGAGCAAUGAGGACUGUACUGACAAAGAUCUUGACCAAUCAGCAAACAUUCAAGGAGUUGAGCAUGGGCCAAGAGGAGAACCUGUAUGCUAAAAAGAACUAUGACAAGUAUUUGUCAGCCUUGAAAAAUUCAGGUCUGGUGUCUGUGGAGGAAAAAGCCCAAGGUGCUACUGCUGAUGUCACUGUUGGUGCAGAAGGAGGUGCAGGAGCAUUGGUCCUCUUGGGAUCCACUGCACCUGCAAGCCCAGAUGAGUCUAAUAAAGAGGAGGACCAAGAUGCAGGGCAGUCUGUUGGACAGAGGAAGAGGGUUAAGCUGAGCAGCAGUACCAAAGACCCGUGCAUUAUUGAAUCUCUGAAGCACAAAUGCUUUCUGGAGGAGUUGCUCUUUUGGACAAUAAAGUACGAGUUUCCUCAGAAGAUGGUCACCUUCUUACUAAACAUGUUGCCAGAUCAAGAUUACAAGAUCACUUUUACGAAAACCUUUGUUCAGCAUUAUGCAUUCAUCAUGAAAACACUGAUGAAAAGCCACGAGUCGGACACCAUGUCCAACCGCAUUGUACAUAUUAGUGUGCAGUUGUUCAGCAACGAGGAGCUGGCUCGACAUGUGACUGAGGAGUGUCAGCUGCUGGACAUCAUGGUCACAGUCCUCCUCUACAUGAUGGAGAGUUGCCUUAUUAAAAGUGAGCUUCAGGAUGAAGAAAACAGUCGCCAUGUUGUAGUGAACUGCAGUGAGGCUCUGUUGAAGAACAACACCUACUGGCCAUUAGUUAGUGAUUUUAUUAACAUCCUCUCACACCAAAGUGUAGCGAAAAAGUUCCUGGAGGACCACUCAUUGUUGAUGCUGUGGAUGAGCUUUGUGUCAUUUUUCCAAGGUAUGAACCUGAAUAAGCGGGAGCUGAAUGAACAUGUGGAAUUUGAGUCUCAGACAUACUAUGCAGCGUUUGCAGCAGAACUUGAGGCCUGUGCACAACCAAUGUGGGGUCUCUUAACACACUGCAAAGUCAAAGAGACACAGGAAUAUACUAAAACUGUGGUGCGCUACUGCUUGGAGACCCUGCAGAUCUGGUUUGAUGCCAUUGGCUUUAUUGACGAGCCUGCUCCAAAUCAAGUGACAUUUCACCUGCCACUGCACCGCUACUAUGCCAUGUUCCUCAGUAAGGCUGUGAAGUGCCAAGGCUUGGACCUGGACAGCCUCUUGCCUGACCAAGAGAUGCUUAUGAAGAUCAUGGUGCAUCCACUCCAAAUCCAGGCAUGCCUGUCAGAGAUCCACAGCAAUAUGUGGGUCAGGAAUGGUCUGCAGAUUAAAGGGCAGGCGAUGACCUACGUGCAGUCACACUUCUGCAACUCCAUGAUUGAUCCAGACAUCUAUCUGCUGCAGGUUUGUGCAUCCAGAUUGGAUCCAGACUACUUUAUCUCAAGUGUUUUUGAGAGGUUCAAAGUGGUUGACCUGUUGACCAUGGCGUCUCAGCAUCAGAAUGCUGUUUUAGACUCUGAGCAGGAGAGGCCAAUGCUUGAAGGUGCACUGACCUUCCUGGUCAUUCUGACGAGCCUUCGCAUUCAUUUGGGGAUGACGGAUGACGAGAUCCUUCGGUCUGAGAUGGUCUCCCAGUUGUGUAUGAAUGACCGUACACACAGCGCGCUGUUAGACCUUAUUCCUGAGAAUCCCAACCCCAAGAGUGGCAUUGUUCCAGGGAGUUGUAGUUUUGAGGAGAUGCUCUCUGCUGUGGCCGACUUCAAAGCACCGGUGUUUGAACCUGGAGGCUCCAUGCAGCAGGGCAUGUACACACCGAAAGCGGAGGUGUGGGAGAAGGAGUUUGACCCCAUCAUGGUCGUUCUCAGAACGGUCUAUCGGCGUGAUGUCCAGUCAGCAAUGGACAGAUACUCAGCAUUUUUGAAACAGUGUGGCAUCCACACUGGCAACCCAUGGCCGCCGUACAAGGAGAGGACUCCUCUGCAUCCAUGUUACAAAGGCCUAAUCAAGCUGUUGCACUGCAAGACGCUGCACAUUGUCAUAUUCACUCUUCUAUACAAGAUCUGGAUGGAUCAUCAGAACAUGUCGGAGCAUGUGCUGUGCAUGGUGUUGUACCUGAUUGAGCUGGGCUUGGACAACCAGGUUCAAGACAACACUGUGGAUGAGGAGCCUUGCAUUGAGGAGCACUGCCACGACAGCUGGUUCCCUGGCACCAACCUCCUCUCCAAUCUGCACCAUAUCAUCAACUUUGUGAGGGUUCGUGUUCCUGAGACGGCCCCUGAAGUGAAGAGAGAGGCCCCGCCCAGCACCAGCACUGAAGCUUCUUCUUAUGGCCAGGUAGAGGAUUCCUCUGCUAACUCCAGGCGUCUUACAGGGAAUUGGAGAGAGAACCUGCGCGAAGCUCAGGUGUUCAGCCUUGUAGCGGAGCGCAGAAGGAAGUUCCAGGAAAUCAUUAACCGCAGCAACACUGAAGCCACCCAGGUUGUCAGGCCCAAGAGCUCCUCCACACGUUGGGUCCCACCUGGCACCCCCCCUCAGCUGGUGACAGAGAUCCUGGAGAUCCGGGAGAGCAUGCUGUCCCUCCUCAUCAAGCUCCAUCAGAAGCUGUCAUCCAAGCAGAACUCUCUGUCGGCGUCCUGGCUGGAGGACAUGGACACGAGCCGUCACGCCCAUGGAGAUGGUAUUACAGCCAUUGAGCGCAUCCUCACCAAGGCGGCCACACGCAGCUGCCAAAUCAAGCGCAGCAUCCAGGACAUUUGUGGGAAAGUGUGUCCUCCGGUUCCACCAAAGAAGAACAGUCCCACUGACAAGAAAACCAUGGACAAAGAAGAGAGACGUCAGAGGGCGAGAGAGAGACAGCAGAAGCUGCUCGCUGAAUUUGCCUCCAGGCAGAAGAGCUUCAUGGAAACAGCCAUGGAUGUUGAUGGGGUGGAAGUGAGUGACUUCAACUCAGUUCACAAAUCCCCUGAGACUGAGGCAGCCAUGGACUUGGGAGCAUCUGAAGUGAUGGAGUCUGAGGUUCUCUAUGACUGCGUGAUCUGUGGCCAGAGCGGACCUUCAACCGAGGACAGACCCACUGGCCUUGUAGUUCUCCUCCAAGCUUCGUCAGUGCUCGGUCACCGCUGCAAAAGCAAAGAGGCUAAGAAUCUACCAACAAGUGAUGAAGAGCACAUCUACGCUGCAGACACGUGUGGAGUUGCUCACGAUGUCAGACUCACGCUCAUGCAGCGGUUCUUCAAAGAUAGCUCCUGCCUGCAGUCGGUGUCAAUAGGUUGGGAUGGGGGCGUCUACGUCCAGACCUGUGGACACACUUUACAUAUAGAUUGCCACAAGUCAUACAUGGAGUCUCUGAGGAAUGACCAGGUGCUCCAGGGUUUCUCUGUUGACAAGGGUGAGUUUACGUGCCCACUGUGUCGACAGUUUGCCAACAGCGUCCUUCCCUGUCGCCCUGGGCGAGGCACAGAGGCUGGUACCUGGCACACACCCACAAACAAGAAGAUGUGUGUGCUUGUAAAGGAGGUGGAAGAUCUUCAGGAGAAAAUUGGUCUUUUCCCAACGGAAUCCAACUUGAGUAAAGAGAUGGAGUUUGUUAUUAAAGACAUCAAGAACACCACCCAGAAGAAAUACAUGGACUAUGGCAAGAAUCCUGGCUCCCCUGACAAUGAUUUUCUCUUCAUGUACUCAGUAGCCAGGACCAACCUGGAGUUGGAACUUGUGCACCGGGGAGGAAAUUUGUGCUCUGGAGGGGCCAGUGCUGCUGCCAAACGCUCAUGUCUCAAUCAGCUGUUUCAUGUGCUGGCCAUGCACAUGCGUCUGUACAGCAUAGACUCAGCCUACAACCCCUGGACUAAGCUGACUCAGAUUGUACAAAGCAGAGAGGCAGAUGACUUUGAUGAAGAGAGACCUGAGGUACCAAUGCUGUUUCGAGAUGUUCCAUCCCUCCUGAUUAUCUUUGUGCUAACAAUGCCACAGCCGUUGAGAAAAGAACACUUUACCUGUGUGGUGAAGAUGCUGUACAACCUGCAGUUCACCCAGGCUUUGGCUGCACUCUCAUCCAAGUUCAGCCCAGAAGAAAGGCAUGCCUGGAGCACAGCUGGAGCACUCAAGAAGAACACUGCAAACGCUGAGAAAUCUUUCGAAGCACUGCUCAGUCAUGUUAUCAGUGAUCUCUCUACAGACAAGAGUGUCUACAAGGUGAACGCUGAAGAAACUUCAAUGCUGAUUUCCAGUGUGUGGUCCCCGCAGUCUAUCGAGUUUAGCCUCCAGCAGUUCUGCCUGCCCUUCCUUCGCCUCUCCUGCCUUCUGCAGCAUCACCUUUACGGAGACAACCUGACUGGCUGCCUGGAGGAGGAGGAGUUCUCGUCCUUGGCGGUGUGUUUGGGGCUCCUACCGUCGGCCCCUCAGCCUUCCAACGUCGUGCACAGUGCCUCAUGUCUGCAGUGGCCAGUUGGCGCCUUUGACUUGGUGACACAGUGGUGUGUUGAGGUCACAGGGCUCUCUCAGAUGCAGGCAGAGCAAUCACUGACCUUGCUUGUCCAGGAUCCUCUGUGGGCAGCCCCCCGCCUUCUGCAGCUACCAGACAACUACAAUAUCAUCUUCCAGUACUAUCACAGGAAGGCCUGCACUGCCUGCAAAAAGGUGCCAAAAGACCCUGCACUCUGCCUCGUUUGCGGCGCCUUCGUCUGUCUCAAAGGCGUAUGCUGCAAACAGCAGGGUACCUGUGAAUGUGUUUUGCACUCCCAACAUUGUGGCGCAGCUACAGGCAUCUUUCUACUGAUAAAUGCCUCAGUCAUCAUCAUCAUCCGUGGACAUCGUUUCUGCCUGUGGGGUUCUGUUUACCUUGAUGCCCACGGAGAGGAGGACCGCGAUUUACGCCGCGGCAAACCUCUCUUCUUAUGUGAAGAGAGGUAUCGAGUGUUGGAGCAACAGUGGGUUUCACACACCUUUGAUCACAUCAAUAAGCGUUGGGGGCCUCACUAUAAUGGACUCUAAGAUCUUCCAAAGUCCACUGAAAAACAGCAACCCAUGACGGAGAAGAUCCCCCCCCCUUGGCUCUUAUGUCUGCCUCGAUCAAAAUAUUUGGGAACUCUCAAACGUGAUAAAUACAAACAUCUAACGAGGGUUUUGCUGCCACAGCCUUGGUUUAUGUGAAGUUUGGUGUACAAUCAUGCCUAAAGAUUAACACGUGUGUGUGUUUAAGUGGUUUAUUGUGUGGUUUUCAACAGGGAAUAAUUUGAGAAGAUCCAAGUUUAAAAGAAAAAAAAAAGCACAACUUUGCCCAGAAUUUAAAUUGGUUUGGAACAGGCUGUUGAAGCCUGUCGUAUUUAUUUGGGUUAAAAGAAUAAAUAUAUAUCAAGUGCUGAGUGUCCCUGCAAAGUUUGGUUCCUUUUUGCACCAUUUAUGACGAUGUUAAAUGCAUAUCCCUUUUAUUUAUCGAAAUGUGCUCUGCUGUGCUGGCAUGAGUUUCAAGCUCCUGAUGAGUGUGGCGAUGUUAUUGCAAUGUGCACUCAUUGUCUGCUGACACGUGAUGGUAGGCAGGACAAGUCCACCCAUCCAAACACUAGAGUUUUUUUGCAAACAAAGCAAAGGCUCUUUUUAUGGGUCUAGUUGCAAUCCAUCCUCAGGAAUUUUUUUGUUUUUGUUUUUUUUUGCUGUUUAAGAUAAGUUUUAGAUAUUUAAAUAAAUGCUGCUGCUCAUUGUUCAAGUAAGUAAUUUUAACUUUUGUGAAGACUUUUUUUUUCUAAGGUUGUGCUUUGAGUUUUUUGGUAGAUGGCUGGGAAUGUCGACUCAAUCCACUCUCUGAUGUUUAAGGGGGGUAUGCGGUCAACUCAUUAUGCUCACUACACUUUUUGUAGUCCUGCCCAAUAUCGUUUUAUCCCAUUUAUUUUUUCCCUGGUUGGUUCUGAAGAAGAUGCUAAAAUGCCCACUUUAACUGGUCAAUGAAUAAUCAAAAAUAUGUUGUCUUUGCUCCCCAAAAACCCAAAGUAAGACAUAUGGAAUUUAAGUAGCAUACUAUCAUUUGGGAGGGAAAUUUGCUGUCAGAGCUGAACAACUAUAUGAGAGCAGAAAUAUUUUACUGGAUCUGUCAAAGUAUACAAAACUUAAUGAAAUGAAAGCUGCCCUUGAGAAGAAAUGCUAAUACUUUUCAUGUUUCUGUGCUGUCAAAGUUAUAUUUUUUUCCUAAUUUGCUUUCAAUUGUUGAGUCCUGACUCCAGUAUGGAACAUUUAUUGUGAUGACUAUCCCUUCUCCACGCGUCUCCUAGUUGUGAUUUAUAGUUGCAUUCCAACAUCACAAGAUUAUCAGACUUGAGUAUCCGUUAUACACUGUGCAUGACAUCCUUUAAGCCACCAUUAUUUAAGUGUCUUAGCUACUUAAUUUUCUGAUUAUCAUCUUCUUUUUUUUUCUGGAAGAGAGGAAGUCUAUCCAGUCGUGCCUGCAAAGAUUAGUGUUAUUUUAUUUUAUUUUUUUGCGAGUGAUACACGGCAUACCGCUGAUGUCUGGUUUUCAAAUGGUGGGCCGCGUCGUGCUGCAUCGAGGAAUCUCUAAGUUAACACUUGAAAAACUUUCCUCUUGAAUUCAUGCAUGCUGCUUUUUCUGUUUACUGAGUUUCUCCUCUUCUUUCUUUAUUACGCAGUACCCACUUUGUAAAUGACCGCAACCAAAUAGCCAACGAGUAAUGGGUGUAAAUUGUAACUGAAAGCUCUUGUGUGUUCUCCUGUAUGAAUGAAGAGAGAAUACAGUACAUUACUGUAGGUGCUGACUCAAACUUUCUGAGUUUGAUCAGAAAGUAUGACUUGGACAUUUAAUGCAAAAUGUAACAUAUGUGAAUAAAAUAUAAUCACACUGA